GGUUAAAUAAAGGUUAAAUAAAAAAAAAAUUCAGCAUUAAAAAAAAAAAAGCAUUCAAUCAUCUAAAGAAAUAUUGGUCGACUAAGACCAAAACGACCAAUUAGUCGACUAAUUAACUAAGAGGAAGCAACCCUAGCAGAAAGUGAAUGGACUCCCCUACCCAUCACUGAAGAGAGGGAGAGGUUGAAGAGGAAAAAAAAGAGCAGUGAAAGGACGGAAAGAGGGGUGUGGGAAGAGAAAGAGAGAGAGAGAGAAGAGAGAGGAGGGGCUUAUAAAGUAUGAACUUGUGUAUGAUUUGAGCUGCAGGAAGCAUUAAGAAGAGGAAAGAGUGCAACCAGGACGAGCUAUACUCACUCUUUUGAGCCUUUUCCUGAGGACGUGUUGCUUCAUGGCUUCUCACAGGGCCACUUUUUCCAGCUGGUCACACUUUGUCUAGUUGCUCUCCUUCUCUCCUUCUCUCCUUCUCUCCUUCUGUCCUCUCAGUUGUCUUCUUGUAGCUUUUUGUUUUUCCUCUCUCCACACUGUGCGUAAUUUCUAUCCAGGAUCGAGAGGAAAAAAAGUCGACAUCACAACAACACGAGGACUGAAGAGGAAUCAAGACAGAGAUUUAUAUAUAUAUUUCUAUAAAAAAGCAGCUGUGAGGUGGAAAAUGAAAGCCUUGUUGGAUAUCUGCUGUCUUUUCCUCCUGCUGCUGCUGCACACUCCCGGCGUGCUGUCCUUGUCCACACAUGUAGCAGUAAUCUACCCCCAGGACCCCGUCCUCCGCAUGGGGUCCAACCUGACCGCCAGCUGCUGGGUCCACCCCGACCUCGGCGUCCACGCCAGCUCUCUGUUCUGGACGCUCAACGGUCAGCAGCUGCCCAGCUCGCUGUACAAAGUGCUGAGCCCGACCAACCUCAGCGUGACGCUGGCCGGACUCAACGCCUCCCGGCAGACGUCCGGCGACAAUUUGGUCUGUCACAACCACAAGGGACACAUCCUGGCCGGCUCCUGCCUCUACGUCGGCAUGCCUCCAGAGAAGCCGGUCAAUCUGACCUGCUGGUCCAGGAACACCAAAGACCUGACAUGCAGCUGGGCCCCGGGAGGAAGAGGAGAGACUAACAUCAGCACACAGUAUACGCUCAAGUACAAACUCAGGUGGUACGGCAAAGAGAAGGAGUGUGAGGAUUACACUCAUACGCAGCCUUACUACUGCAGCAUCACGCGGGACCUGCACCUCUUCACGCCCUACGAGAUCUGGGUGGAGGCCUCCAACCAGCUGGGCCGGGCCACCUCCGACGUCAUCACCCUCGACAUCCUAGACGUGGUGACCACGGACCCUCCAGCAGGGGUGACGGUCAGUCGCGUCGGGCAGCUGGAGGACCAGCUGAGUGUUCGCUGGGAGGCGCCGCCCGCUCUCAAAGACUUCCUGUUUCAGGCCAAAUACCAGAUCCGCUACAGACUGGAGGACAGCCAAGACUGGAAGGUGAUGGAUGACGUUGGGAAUCAGACAUCUUGUAGAUUGGCUGGAUUGAGACCUGGAACAGUGUAUUUUGUCCAGGUUCGCUGUAACCCCGUGGGCAUCUACGGCUCUCGCAAAGCUGGGAUCUGGAGCGAGUGGAGCCAUCCUACUGCUGCGUCCACACCCCACAGUGAGCGGUUGAUGUCGGGCUCCUGUGACUCAAAGUCCAGCGGGGAUUCCAACUCCACCCUUCGCAGGGAGCUGAAGCAGUUCUUCGGCUGGGUGCGGAAACACGCCUACGGCUGCAGCAGCAUGUCCAUGAAGCUGUACGACCAGUGGAGGGUGCUGAUGCAGAAAUCCCACAAAACUCGCAACCAGGUAGGUUCUCCAAGGGGAUAAAUCGUAGCACACGCUGCCUUUACGAGUCAAGAACAGAACCGAGUGAGUGUGUUUUUGUCUAUGUGUGUGUGUGUGAGAAAGAGAGAUUGUAUUCGUAUAUGGGAAUUAUAAGACAUUGUGCUCUGGACAUUUUGUGCGAAUACCAGCCGUGGCCGUGAGAGGACAUCCGACGAGAAACUGGGAUUUCCUUUCUUUAUUGCGUCUUUUCCAGCCGACAUGAGCGCUUUUUCUGUCUGAAAAGGUGCAACUGAGAAGGUGGAACUCGCCACGGACAUCCUGGUAUCAUCAUUAGCAAGAGACCAUGUGGACUACUUUCUCAAAAGGACAUUGUAGCAUGAAUAACAAAGACGCUCCUGCUCUAAAUGUGCACCAAGGUGAUCAAAACAAACUAACUAGAAGAGCAUCUGAAAGUAUUCUGACCUUUUUUUUCCGAGUUCCUCCUGUGGAUCCAAAGCACCAUCUAGUGGCCGUUCGGCGUCCAUGGAUGCUCCAAAUCAAAGCUUUAACUGUGGUAAAAAAGAAACAAAAUGAUCAUACAGUAUUUCUGAGUCAUGCUUUGUUAUAUAAGUGCCAAACUGGUUCAGCCAGCAUUCAUGUGUUUCUGAGCGACCGUAUGUGACUGAUGACGUGAUGGUGUUUGUGUAUGGAGACGUUUCACUGCCUUUAUUUUUGUACUGAAUUGUACCAGCAUAUUUAAAACUGUAUAAAGUUAUGUUUUAUGUCUUAAGUUAUGUUUAGUUAGUAAAGAAAUAUCAAUGACUGAAGUUGUUAUCGAUCUCUAAUGUUGUAUAAAAAUGUUGUCAGAAACA